GUUAUGAUAUUUAGGAUACAUAAAUUUUGAGCAAGAAAAAUGUUGCCUGAUUUUUGCCAUAAGAAACUAUUGUACAAACCUUGAUAUUGUGUUAAAUACUUGCAAGUAAAACACAUCUUUGUUUUCUUUGCAAAUACUAUCAAAAUUAUAAAUAUUCAUAGAAAUUGGAAUAGUUACAUCCUGAGCACAUAUCGAAAUACUUAAACCUGGUAGUGUACUUUGACAAGCAUGAUUGUUUUGAAGUCAUUUCUAUGUUGCAUGUCUCUACGACUCGGGUGCGUCUUACUUGGUUACUUUAUCAUCCUGCACGGUUUUGCCAAUGUGUAUUUAGUUGUAUUGGAAUACGGACAAAUUUGUCAUCGCAUGAUCAUGAUUUGGUUUCUGCAUGCGCAGAUCAAUAUUAUUGCUGGAAUCUUAUUACUGACUGUUGCAUAUAAUCCUCAAACACUCAACUAUUUACUGCCCAUACAAAUAGUUGUGAAGCUCACGAGUUUAAUUAUCGAAUUAAUAUUCUACCUGUUGAUGUCCAGUGCCAGCAUUGAAGAUGAACUACUGGUCGCAUACUCCUUUCUCUCGAUAGGCACUACUAUCUAUGUAGUGAUUGUUGUUUACUCCUUCUAUCAGGAGACGGAUAAUUCAUAUUAAGCAUUAGGUGUUGAAUUAGAGACCAGAGGCUCGGCGGCUGCUGCUGCUGCUUAUCAUGGCCAAAAACGGUAGUUGGUACGGUCAACGUCAGCGGACUUAAUCACAGCGUGUAGCAUUUUGUGCCGUGAUUAAACGCAAAUUUAUUAGACAAA